GAUUUUUCCUGAUCUCCCCAAUUAACGUGUGGGACCCUUUCCCCAAGUAUUAUACUCUUCCAUCUUCAUCCACCUUCGUUUCCUUUUCCGACGAACACCACCCAAAGAAAUAAAAGGUUUAAAAAAGAAGGAAAGAAUCUUCCCCAUUGAUGAAAUACUCGCUUUGCUUCUGACACUGAAAUUUCUGGGAUUUUCGUCCUCCAUUGUUUUCUGUUGCAAAUUAAAGAAAACUAUGGGCCAAAUUCUGAGUAAAAGACACCAUAAUCAUCAUCACAACCACCACCACCACCACCACCACCAACAAAACAACCACCACCAGCAGCUUAACAAUCCACAGCCACCUACGCCGCCGCCGCCAUCCACGCCACUACCCCUACCGGCUCCACGUCAACAAGCACCGCUUCCAAAUCCCGCCCCGCCACCGCCACCGCCACAACCACCAGUUCCUACUACCUUUACUUUUGCUGCCAACGCCCCAUAUCCCUCCCUCCCGCCACCAACGCCGACUCCGCCGCCGCCUCCUCCUCCUCCUCAGCCGCAGUCUUUUCCUUACUACCCGCAAUACAAUUACAGUUACUCUAACUAUGUGAGACCCGGCAACGUGAUGGGUGCCCAACCGGGAAAUUACUACAAUCCAUAUUUUGUGGGUCAUGGCCAUGGGAAUAUGUGGGACCGGCCGCCAGCGGGGAUUCAACUGCCUCUUAUGCCGCCUCCGCCGCAGCCGGUGCCGUAUGUGGAUCAUCAGAGUGCAAAGAAGAUCAAGAAUGAUGUGAAUGUUCACAAGGAUACUAUAAAGCUUGAUGUCGAUGAGGGGAAUAGUGAUUGCCACUUGGUGUCAUUUACAUUUGAUGCCUUGGUUGAUGGAAGUAUCACUAUCUACUAUUACGCAAAGGAAGGAACAAAAUGCACAUUUACCCCUGUCUAUCCCGAGAUGUAUGUGCCAGUGAAAAUUCCUUUCCAAAAAGGAUUGGGCCAGAAAUUCUGCCAACCUUCCGGAAGUGGAAUCGACCUUGGAUUUUUUGACAUUGACGACUUGUCGAAGCCAUCCGAUGGAGAUGUUUUCCCACUUGUAAUAUCAGCAGAGUCAAGUCCAUUAUCAACUUUGACAGAGGGUCAGCCCGGCGCGGAAGCAGAGAAUGCAUCUCCUCAUGCUCAAAUAACUCAGGCUGUGAUAGAGAAGAGCCAGGAUAAUGGUUUCAAAGUUAAAGUAAUUAAGCAGAUUCUGUGGAUAGAUGAGGUUAGGUAUGAGCUUCGGGAGAUCUUUGGUAUCAGUGACCCAGAUGAAGUAACCAUUAAUGACAAGGACUCGGGUAAAGAAUGUGUUAUCUGCAUGACGGAUCCCAAGGACACUGCAGUUCUGCCGUGUAGACAUAUGUGUAUGUGCAGUGAAUGUGCUAAAGAAUUGAGGAUGCAAUCGAAUAAGUGCCCGAUAUGUCGCCAGCCAAUAGAAGAACUUCUGGAGAUCAAGGUUGAUGAAGGUAAAUUAACAACUGAUAAACACUUCAUAUUCUUAUAAGUAUCGCUUCCUCUUUUAAGUUUGCAAUUACAUGCCGUCUUUUUUUGCCAUCAGGUGUGUCAUGAGCUGGUUCUGCAAGGGCCUUGAUGAUGACUGUAUAAAGAAAACUGAGCGGGGUGGCAAUACAAGUCAAAUAUACUAGAUUUUGUACAUUGAUUUGACUGGAUGAUACAGAGUUACAUUCUGCUUUUUUCCAUUGAUGUAAUUUUCCUGAAAAUUCCCACUUCUGAGGUUCCCAGAAAGCUUUGGAUUUCGGUCCCUUUUGUUUUUUUUAACAAUUUCAGGUACCUAAAACAAGCAAGAUCAGGGAAUCAGACAUGGGUUUUGCUUCCUGAAUGAGCAAGUGAUCAAUAGGGUUGUGUGUAUUUUUAGAUGAUAGUAGAUUGGGAUGUAGGACUGGGGGAAUAUUUGCUGAACAAGUAAAACUUUUAAUGGUCGACUGUGUGACUGUGUGUGGUUUGAGUCUAAUUCUAAGGUGACAAACUCCUGGGAUGGUGUGAAAAGAGAGGAGCAAUCUGUCACGUGUGGAGGGAACAUUGCUGCAUUUCUUUUCUCUUUUUUGUUUUUGGGAUAGAGAUAAAGUGAAAGAGAGGAAUCCAGUUAUGAUCCCCAGGUUGUUUUAAAGGUAUCUGGAGCUUGUUACCUUUGAUCUUGGCAACUGGAGAAAAAGUUUUUACUCUGGAGGUCCAGUGCCUUGGAUUUUCCCUGAUUAUAAAAGAAAUUCCUUCAAUUCUUCUAAAGAAAGUUGCUUGCGGUUUUCAUUUUUAAAGAUGGCAAGUUUUAUUUUACUUUUGUGGUAAUCGACUUACAAAUAAUAACACGAAGAGUUCGUUAAGAUGACAGUGAAUUCAUUUAGUAAUAUAUGCGUUUUCUUUUCAUUCAUUUGGUGGGCAACUUAUCAUACGAAAACUGGUGGUCCAAAUGACC